AUUUACAUGUGGAUUACAAAGCGACGCCGAGCAUCGACUUUGUAGAAUCUUCGACCGGAACAUACACAUACUUAGGUAUAAAGAGUAAUAAAUAACAAGUUCCGUGGAAUUCGGAAGAUAGGGGAAUGCUUCUCCUUUUCUCACUGUUACUGCAAUAUCAUCCUUGAGUGGUCUUACUAUUUGUCGCAUAUUCCAAAGCAUCGUGAACGACUUGCAUGCCUAUGAUCUAGGCAGUACUGAACUCCCUACGCACUAAACAGAACAUCCAGAUAGUGAUCUCCAAUCCUCUUUGAGCGCAGCAUCAGGACCACCAUGGCAGAUCAAGGCAAUAUCUCACCAGAAUCUGAAAAGAUAACCAUCACACUUACACAUCAUGGAAAAUCGCGCGAUUUUGGCAUGAGCCCCGAUGCGACAGUCGCCGACCUCGCCGCCCAAGUCCAAAGCGAGCUCUUCAUCCCCAUUAGCAACCAGAAGCUCAUGGUCUCCAAGCUCGGCAUGCUUAAGAUUCCCUUCGGCGAUCGCCCCGUAACCGACCUAGCGAACAAAAAGAUCACAUUACUCGGGACCUCGAGCGACGAGAUCGCCUCGCUAGCCUCCGCAUCGCAACAUGCCGCCCAGCACGCAGCCGAGCGACAAGCGCACCUCGCCUCCGCACGGCGCAACCUCCCCAAAGCCUACACCCGCCGCGGCGUCACCGGCCUCAACGACAACAACAACAACACGUACACCUUCAUGACGUUGCGCCCUCUCCCGAACCUCCCGCGCCCGGAGCGCUCUCUCGCCUUCCUCGAGCGGCUAAAAGCCGACAUCGGGAUCCGUGCCGCGAUGCGCGCGCACAAGUUCAGCGUCGGGCUCCUGACCGAGAUGGACCCCUUAUCGAACACGGAGGCGAGCCACGAGGGCACGACGCGGCUGCUGGGAUUGAACCGCAACCGCGGCGAGGUGAUCGAGCUGCGCCUGCGCACGGACGCGUACGACGGCUACCGCGACUACAAGACCAUCCGCAAGACGCUGUGCCACGAGCUCACGCACAACGUCCACGGCGACCACGACCGCAAGUUCUGGGACCUGUGUCACCAGAUCGAGCGCGAGGUCGAGCAGGCGGAUACGGGCAGGAAUAUAGGUGGCGGCGAGUACUACGAGCCGAGCGAAGAGGUUGCGUACGACCAUGGCGGCUGGACGGGCGGCGAGUUUGUCCUUGGUGGUGGCGGUAGCGGUGGAGGGAGGGCUUCCGCCGCGGGCCAGGGCACUGUGAGUCGUCGCGAGAUCAUCGCUAGAGCUACUGAGGAACGCCUCAAGAAGCAAAAGCAAGCACAGGGCGAAGAGGAAAAUAGGGAUGCUCAGUAGCGCGGUGACUUUUGAAAUAAGAUUUUGCUACAUUUACGAUUACGACAAGACAAGUUUCGAGGCUUUUUGGAGGGUUAUUAUGUUCGGCUUUGGGCGUUGGGGAUAUUGUUAAGAGUUGCUACUCUAUCCGUGUCAUCUACGACGGCAUUUAUGCGAUACCUUUUGCCUUCUCUCCUAGAUUUUUUUUCGUUAGAGGCACUGGUCUUCAAGAUUACAUCAUAUCUUGCAUUAUAAUGGCGUUUAGGGGAUGGCAGUUCUAGUAGACAUCAGGCCCUGGGGACAGAAGAAGGCUCUUGGCUAGAGUUCAGGGGUUAUAUUUUUGUACGUACAAUCGAUUUUUCCAGAAGCUCGUUCCAAAUGAUAUCUAAUUCAAUGGUUUCUCUGAG